AUGUCUGACCCUAUACCUUCUUCUUCUUCUCCUCCUCCUCCCUCUUCCCCAACUCCAUCUUCCUCAACUCCAUCUUCUUCAUCAUCUGGUCCAGCACUAUCAUCUUCUCGAUUCGCCUUACCAGGCAAACGAUCACCUGAGAAAGUAUAUACUGGGCCAUCGGCCAAUACGCUUUCAGCACCGCGCACGAGAUCCCAAGCCGAAAAGUACUUUGCAAGAGUCGCCAAUGAGAAUGUACUUCCAACAAGAGCGAACAAGCUAUUAGGUGUUGGAGGAUGGGUGAUAGGUGGAUUCGCAUGCUUUUAUAUGGCCUUGUUCGCAGAUUUCGGAGAAAGGGAACACGUUUUUUCACCUGUGCGAAGACAAUAUGAUAUUCUCAAAAGAUCAAUAUUCACUUUAUCUCCUAGUGAACGUCAUAUGAUGAGUAUCGAAAAUCGCGUAGGAGAAAAUGAAACGAACAGGCCUCCUUCAUAA